ACACUUCCACCGCUCCCUCCCCCACCUCCCGUUAUAACCCUCAUGGAACGCACAGGGAACGCAGACCAGCCAAAAAGGCGCAGCUUUCUCUGCUCCACCCCCUUGGCGGCCCCUUGCGUGCCUCCCUGCCGCCGCUGCGCUUCCCCUCUCCUUUCCCAUUCUUCUGUGCAAGCCGGUGUCUCCAGCAAGCCGCUUGCGCGUUCCCCUGCGCGUUCCCGACUGUCCCCCGUUCUCUUGUUCUCUCUUCCUCCCCCCCCUCGUUCGAGCGUCGGUGUGCUAUCCUCCUCCUCCGCGCGCUCUGCCUCCCCUUCCUCCGUCCCUCCUUCCUUUGAUUCCCAGCUGUGGUCGGGUUGGGCCAAGCCGGAGGGCGCCGGCAGGCGAGCCAAUCUCAGGGUUGCCAAGGCAGGGACUGGCUGGCGCCUGAGGGGGUCACCCCCUCCCCUUCCUUCCACUCGCGUCGCCUGUCGAGAACAGCCCGGCCGGCUCCUGAGGAGAGAAGAGCGAGGAGCGGGGGGGAGAACGCUCCCCCCGGCCCCUGGACAGCAACAUGAGGAAUCUGAACAUGUGAAAGGAAGUCAAGGAGAUGCCAUGUAUUUCCCCGCCCCCUUCCAGUAGGUUGCUGUGGACACAAAGAUAAGUGGGCCAGACAGUGAGCAGAGCAUCUGCCAAGCACGAGCUGCUGUAAUGGUCUAUGAUGAUGCCAAUAAGAAGUGGGUACCCGCUGGUGGAUCUACUGGAUUUAGCAGAGUUCAUAUAUAUCAUCACACAGGGAACAAUACAUUUAGAGUAGUUGGCAGGAAGAUUCAGGAUCAUCAGGUGGUAAUAAAUUGUGCCAUUCCAAAAGGAUUGAAGUACAAUCAAGCAACACAGACUUUUCAUCAGUGGCGAGAUGCUAGACAAGUGUAUGGUCUCAACUUUGGCAGCAAGGAAGAUGCCAAUGUCUUCGCAAGUGCCAUGAUGCAUGCCUUAGAAGUAUUAAAUUCACAAGACUCUGGUCCAACGUUGCCUCGACAAAAUGCACAACUUCCCCCACAAGUGCAAAAUGGCCCAUCGCAAGAAGAUUUAGAAAUCCAGAGAAGACAGCUGCAGGAGCAGCAACGGCAAAAGGAGUUGGAAAGGGAGAGGCUGGAACGUGACAGAAUGGAGCGCGAAAGGCUGGAGCGGGAAAGACUGGAACGCGAGAGGUUAGAAAAGGAAAGACUGGAACGAGAGCGGUUAGAACAGGAGCAACUGGAGAGGGAGCGGCAAGAACGAGACCGGCAAGAGCGUCUAGAAAGAGAGAGACAAGAACGGGAAAGACAAGAGCAGGAGAGAGUGGAAUGGGAAAGGCAAGAAAGAGAGCACCAAGACCAGCUAGAAAGAGAACAGUUGGAAUGGGAAAGAGAAAGAAAACUGUCAAGUGCUGCUCCAUCUUACGACAGCUCCCCGUAUAGUACUUCACUUCCUGAGUACUCCAGUUGCCAGCCUCCUUCAGCACCACCUCCUUCAUAUGCUAAAGCAAUGUCAGACUCUACUCCGGAUUAUGCUAUAGUGACUUCUGCACAACCGGUUUCCUCUCCCCCUACACCACCACUAAGGCACUCUGCAUCACGUUUUGCUACAUCUUUGGGCUCUGCCUUUCACCCUGUUCUUCCUCAUUAUGCCACAGUUCCUCGUCAAGGAAACAAAAAUUCUCGACCACCUUCACCAGUGAACCCCCCAGCCUCUUUGCCGCCAAGUACCAAAUCCACUACUUGGUCUGCGUCUAGUUUUGCACCUCUUCCCCCUUCUCCUCCUGUAAUGAUUAGCAGCCCCCCAGGCAAAGCCACUGGUCCAAAGCCCGUUCUCCCAAUUCCAGUUACUGCUCAGUUAUCCCAAUUAUCACCAUCCCCUCUUGCAUCCAAUGGUCUUCCAGAAUUGGCCAAUUAUCCAGCACCUUCACCACCUACCUCUGGUCCAACACCACCACCUUCCUUUCAGCCUCUCUUGCUUUCUGGACCUCAAGCCCCCUCUCCAAGUUCCCCUAAUGUCUCGACUCCCUCAUCCAAGCCUAGUGUUCUCCCUUCUCCCUCUGCAGCUCCCCCUGCCUCUGUUGAGAACUCUCUAAACUCUGUGCUGGGAGACUCCUCUGCUUCUGAGCCAGUCUUGCAGACAGCCUCUCAGCCGAUUGAAUCUCCGUCCCAGCAGGGUGUUAUCCAAGGACAACCAGCACCCCCACCCCCACCCCCUCUUCCAUGUGGCCCUGUCCAGUCACCUCCAGCAGUCCCACUUCCCCCUGGGCCACCUCCACCACCCCCUCUUCCACUAUCAGGGCCACCACCACCAGCACCUCCUCCCCUCCCAAACCAGGUUCCUCCUCCACCUCCAGCCCCCCCUCUCCCUCCCGCUGGUUUUUCCACGGGAUCGAUGUUUGAAGACCACCGUCCUUUAACAGGACUAGCAGCUGCUCUUGCUGGAGCCAAACUCAGAAAAGUCUCACGGAAUGAAGAGUCUCCUAAUAUAAGUGGAGGAGCAAGCUGUGCUUCGCUGAAAACAGAUACUGGCCGUGGAAAUGGGCCACUUCCCCUUGGAGGAAGUGGUUUAAUGGAGGAAAUGAGUGCCCUGCUGGCAAGAAGGAGACGAAUUGCUGAGAAGGGAUCAAUAGAAGUGGAACCGAAAGAAGAAAAAAAUGAAGAACCAGAGUCUUCAGCUUCCAAGCCUCCUUCAACAAGCACACCUGAAUUAACAAGAAAGCCUUGGGAAAGAACAAAUACAAUGAAUGGAAGCAAGUCACCCAUUAUCUCAAGACCAAAAUCUGCAUCCUCUGGGCAACCCAGUACGAAUGGAGUACAGUCCGAAGGGCUAGACUAUGACAAAUUGAAACAGGAUAUUUUAGAUGAAAUGAGAAAAGAAUUAACAAAACUAAAAGAAGAAUUAAUUGAUGCAAUCCGACAAGAACUGAGCAAGUCGAAUACAGCAUAGGUAGGACUAAGCCAUUGUGACCACUGUCUUGGCACAAAAACGACUGCAUUUUGUGACCUGUUAGAAGAAAAUGGAAAAAUACACUUGGAAGAAGGGCAAAGCAAGAUUCUGAACACUUUCAGACAUCACUUCAGUAUACGAUUUCGCUUUGCUGCUUUUUUCUGACUUUUCAACAGUGUGGAAAAUGGUCUUGAGUUGUAGUAACAAUUUAUGCAGAAAAUCCCAUACCAGUCAGACAAGAUCACAGUGCAUUGAAAUGUUUUCAUAUCAAGAUGAAGCUGCACAUUCACAAUUCAUCACAACAACAAAAAAGGAGAGACACUUGGGAAGGCUUUUCAGAGAGGUUUUCUUAAUGAAGGUUUUAGCAAGUUAUACUGUUGUACAAACGUAUCUCAGGUUAGUCUUCCUAUCAUAUGGGGUAUUUCCAUGAAUUAAAGAUCAAAUAUGACUUCACAAAAUAAAGAACAGAUAGUGCAUGUUGUGAAAUACAAUACUGGUUAAUGAGAGAUCUAGGAUGAGAUGAUAUAUUGAGUUUUGGGAUCUUAUGAUAGGAAGCCUCUCUAGUUAGCCUUCAUACAGUUUUGUAGAGAAAAAUGCAAAUGCUGUCCAGAAUAUAAAGAUGUAGAUGCCUUCCUAAAUUGUAAUGCUUUACCAAAUCUAAGACUUAUCCAGAAUACAAAUCAAUGGUCAAAUGUAAAUUGUUAGAUUGUUAGAGACUUACCGUAGAUUUUUGAGCUUUUAAGAUUUAUGCAUGUAGACAUUUUUGUAAUAUAACACAACCAUCGAGUUGGCUUUUUAAUUUAAAACAUCCUUGCAUGCCACAAAUAUUAAGUAGCCUUUUUAUAGUAAGGCCUAGUUAAUGCCCAGGCGAAACUUGGGAGGUGUAGGGUUGGGGAUAGGGUGGCUUUUUUAUUUAAAAAAAAAUUUGUAAUAAUUACUGCACUAUUUUUCCUUAUAUUGCAUGCAUGUGUAAUAAUAAGGAAAAUGUUGUGACUUAUCAGUAACCAUGUUAAAUAGAAGCAGGUACUUAAUAAUUUUUUGUAUCAUUUUGUUUGUAUUUCAAAAUUAGUAAUGCUUCUGUAAGAGGUUUGGAAACCCUUAAUCAGUUUUGCUUCUUUUUCUUAACUUGAUAUAAAGUUAUCAUUAUCAUAUUUAGAGAUAAUUUUUAAAAGAGGUAUACAAAAAUAGUACAGAGCAUUCUUUCCACAAAAGCUACUUUUAUCUGUGCACUGAGGUUAGCUUUUGUUUAAUUUUGGGGUGAAAUUAUAGUGCAAAUGCUAUGCUACCAAUCUUUUAAUCCCAGGUUAAUUUAUUGAGAGCAUGCCAUGAGACCAUGUGCUCCUUCCCACCCCAUCCCUUCCCCAAAUUCCUGCUGCCCUCCACCAUCUCUGAGCCAUGGUUAAGGGUUACAUCAUCACUGACCUACGUGCCAAUGUAGCCUUUAACUAUGGUUAAAGCAUGGGGAGGGGGAUGGAAUUUACACCAGAGAAGAGAGGGGUUGGCGGGAAAGGUGCACAUUAUCCUAUAGCUUGCUCCUGCUCCUUUAACAGUGCAUUGGACCUAGGUACUUAGCAAUCAGAUAUUGACGCACAGGAUGGAAAGUCUUAAGAACAGUGGUGGCAACAAUAUAUAUUUUAGAAGAGAAUUCACUUAGCUUCAUCUCCUGUCCCAGUGUCCAGACCUGUAAGAUAUACCAUACAGACUUCCAGAAAAGGGGUGAGGGUAGAAAUCCUUGUAAUUGUAAAUGUUAUAAUUUGGCAAAUAAUGUACAACAAUCUAUAAUUCCACUGCAUCUUAAAUUCUCCUUGCUAUAAUAGUGCCAUAUUUAUUUUGUGAGCUAUGCUGAUUUGAAAAUAACUUGUGGCUUGACAGAAUUACUAAUUUCCUUGAAUUACCCACUUCCAUCCAGUUUAGUUCCCAAGAAAGCUUUAAUUUCCAUAUAUUCCCAAGUGUUGGGCACCAAAGCAAACUAAUAGCUGUUUAUUGCUGCUUAAAGGUUUCAAUGAGGAUGUCCUCUAUUUCCCCUCUUUCUGUAAGAUGGAAGUAUAUCAUAUAAAAUAUAACCCCAAAUCAGUGGUUACUUAAAAAAAAAAAAAAAGGUGUUCUCUGCAUGCAUUAGUUGAAGGCAUUUUUAAAUCUCAAGGCAAACAAAUAAUUGCUUUCAAAUUAAGAGGAGGCAUUUUCAUCUUUUAAAAGUAAUUUCUGAUUAAACAGUAUAACCCCAAAUGCUUACACUUUUCAGAAAUCAUGUCUGAUUUUGUUUAUAAAGAAAAUUCAGAGAUAGUCUAGCAGAAUGUUAUAGGUGUAAGUGAUCCAAAGGUAAGAAAAUUAAGUUACUAGAUUGUGAACGAAACUGGUUAAUGCACUAAACGUUUUGUGCCUUGGUCUAAAAAUAACAUGAUUUCUGUGUAAAAGGAAAAAAGAAACAGGUCUUUAUACUCUUUCUACAUAGUUGUGUGAUCCUGAUUUGGACCGUUCUAGAAAAUCCAGUUUUAGAUAAACUGUAAAUUCAAGCUGUUGUAUUAACAGCUAUGCCAUUGCCAGAUAGUCCUGUAAUUAAAAUGAGCUACAAAAGAAGCUUAGGUUAUUUUAAUUACUGUUUAAAAAAAAUAUUAUGAUGGUUCCUGUGCUUUUGUACAGUGGAUGCCUUAAGCUGAAUAUGGUUUAGGGGAUCACUUUUAAUUCCAGGAAGGUAUUGCUUUCCUCAACACUGUGAUCUGAUCUGUGAUAAAUCUGUCCUAUUCAUACACAAGUGGCUAACAAGUCAAUUGCAAACAAACUGAAUGUACAAAUCUUAGUGCUGGUGCUGAAUCCUUUUCAGAGUUGUCAUGAAACAAAGUUCAUCAUUUUAAACGUUUGCAAGCAUCAAGUGUCAAUCAAAACUGAAGAUGAACACUAAUGAAUGUUGAAUUUUCAUGCAUUUAGUUUUACCUCCUUUUGAGUUUCAGUUAAUUAUCUGCUAUUUUUACCAUAUUGUGUCAUUUUAAAAUUUCUUAAAAUGCUAACUGUUUUGUUUGAGCAGAUGAAAUAAAAAUUGCAAUAUAUACAU